AUGGCUGGCGGUCGUACUAAUCUGAGCUCUGUAAAUUGUUAUAAAAAUAAUCUAAAUGAAUGGAAGUUUGAGCAAAUAUACAAUCAUAAAGAUUGCUCGAACCUAACGUAUGAUAGAAAGCGUAUAAAGUGGUCUGGAAGCUUUGACAUGCUGCAAAGUUUCGUUGAAUGUGGUCUUAAAUUACAUGGCAAUUGGUCGUCGCCGGGUGGUAAUGCAAAAAAGUUUACGUGCCUCAAUUCGGACUUAACUAUUACUUGGUAUGCCAGAAAACAAAAUACACUUGUGCUUCACGGCGAUGCAAGUUUGGCUCUAGCAAAUACGUUGAUUACAGUGUGUGGGGCACCAACUACAUCAAAUGAGUUUACGGCGAAACCGAAUGCAGUUGAAGAUGGCGAAUUAUCGGAUAAUAUUUGUAUGCCGACAAUAAGUAGUGUCAUAGAGCAAAGCAAGGCAUAA